AUGACGACAGGGGAGCAUCGGAACGGUAGAGAUAUUUUCUACGACGCCGUUUCUGGUGCCUCUGCAGGUGCUAUAGCUGCCACUUUCGUGUGCCCUUUAGAUGUGAUCAAGACAAGGUUGCAAGUUCACGGCCUACCCGAUGUACCUUCCGGGCAAAAAGGUGGUGUUAUUGUUAUAAGCCUACAAAACAUUAUAAAAAAAGAGGGAUUAAGAGGACUAUACCGGGGCCUUUCACCAACAUUAGCCGCUCUACUUCCGAACUGGGCUGUUUACUUUGCUGUUUAUGGGCAUCUCAAAGAGCUUCUGCAUUCACAUGCCGAUAGUAGCGGCCAACUUAGCUUCGGUACAAACAUCAUAGCUGCUUCAGGUGCUGGUGCGGCAACAGCAAUUGCCACAAAUCCGUUGUGGGUUGUUAAGACUAGAUUGCAAACACAAGGGAUGAGAGAAUGUGUCAUUCCUUAUACGAGCAUAUCAUCGGCCUUAAGGCGUAUCUUGCAAGAGGAAGGCUUCCGAGGGUGGUACAGUGGACUUUUACCUUCUCUUGCUGGGGUUAGUCAUGUUGCCAUCCAAUUUCCAGCCUAUGAGAAGAUCAAGUCUUACUUGGCACAAAGGGAUCUUACGACCACGAAUGAGCUAAGCCCCGGGAAAGUAGCAGUUGCCUCCUCGAUGUCCAAAAUACUCGCUUCCCUAAUGACUUACCCGCAUGAGGUGAUUCGGUCAAGGCUUCAAGAUCAAGGACAAGUCAGAAACCCUGAAAUCCAUUAUAAGGGCGUUGCCGAUUGUGUGAAGAAAGUUUUCCAAAAAGACGGCCUUCCGGGAUUCUAUCGUGGCUGUGCCACCAAUCUUUUGAGGACGACUCCAUCAGCCGUCAUUACGUUUACCAGCUACGAGAUGAUCAAGAGAUUCUUGCAACACAUCCUUCCACCUCACGAGAACCCAUCUAAACCUGACCAGCGACAUGAUGAUGGUCGGAUGAAGCCUCGGGAUGGAACCAAAGGGUCUCAAGAUUCACGGGAGUCCAAAAAUCGAGUCGAAUUGUAAUCCAAGAACUGUUGUACAUUAAGGGAUCAGCUGAGUGAACCAUGAUUCUAAGGUAUCAAAGUGGAAGUUUU